AUGCCACGUAAGCUACGUAAGAAUAUACGUAAGAGGAAGGGAGCAUUGAAACAUCCAAUAGUAAAACUGACACCACAACAACAGUUGCAACAACAAAUGAUGAAUGACCCCACUAUGUUGCAACAAAUGUCAAGCAACCCUAUGCUUUUAAGCCGAGUUAUUGGUGCACAGAGUGGAGGUUUAAGAGCGGCACUUUUAGCGAAAAUGGCAGGCUAUGGUGGAGCUGCAGACGGAACAGCUUAUAACCCUCAAAGUCAAAUGAAUUUGAGUUCACUCAAAAAUCAAAUAACAGAUGUCAAAAAGUCAAACAUAGACAUACAGAAACAAAUAAGUGAAAACGAAAAGAAACUAGAAUAUGACAGACACACAAAGAAACUCAAUGAGUUAAACGUAGAGAAAAAGAAGAAAGAAGAACAACUGAAAGAACUAAGUACAGAGGAAUAUGCGAAAAAAGUGUCAGAAAAAGCAGCAGAAGUAGCAAAAAUGGAACAAGAUGUUAUAAAUUUGAAAAACCAUACUACUCAAUAUAAAGUACUGAAAGAUGAAGAAAUAAAACAAAAAGCCCUGAAGACAUAUAUGGAUAGCGAUGAGUAUAAAAAAGAAGUUGAAGCAAAUGUAAAGGCAGAAAAACUUUUACAGUUGCAAAACCAAACCGUACAGUAUGAAAACUUAGCACAAGAAAGUAAAAAUAACGACGCAGCCAUGCAAAAGGCAAUGAAAAGCGCAGAAUAUAUAAAAGCUAAUAAUGACUGGUUAGAUGCCCAAGCCAACGCCAAAGCAGCCCAACUUAUAGGGUCAAUAAGGACAAAAAUACAAGCGGAUGAAGACAGUUCAAAUGAAGCUUUAAUGAAUGCUGACUUUAAGAACGCCUUCGAAGCUCUUCAUAGUAAGGUGAAACUAGUGAACGACUUCUCAUCUGGAAAGAAACUGAAGUCUGAAGGUUUCGACAACGAGUUAAGAGAAGUAGCACAAAAUAUGACGAAAAUAACAGAUGCAGCAACGAGACAGGCAGUUCAAAGUGCCUAUGACGCCGUUAGAGCAACUGUUGUGGAAAGUCAAGAAAAAGAGUUACAACAGACCAAAACAGACCUAGUAAAUGCUUUCUUAAGAACGAAAAGUCAGGUAGGACAUUAUGCUGCAGAUGGAACAUAUGUGCCAGCUGGUGGAACUUAUAUACCAGCUGGUGGAACUUAUAUACUAGCUAGUGGAACUUAUAUACCACCAAACCCUCCAAGAGAAGCACCUGCACCAGGACUACCUAA